GUUCCAUGCAUGAAUCAGAAUAUUAAUUGAAGUAAUCCUCUCUAUUAAGUUCUUGGCAUUCCAGUUGAUAAACAUGUAUAAUUAGCACCUUCAUUCCCUAAGUGUGAUAUAUACACAGAAGCUAGGAAUUGCGAUGGCAGGUAGGAGAGAGAGGUGCAAUGGGUGCGGAGUACAACUUGUAGUGCCUCCAAAAGCACAGAUAAUUCGCUGUAGUGUGUGUCAAGGCGUCACCCAUGUUAAUCGAACCUCCAUCAAUCCUUAUAUUCAAGCGAGCCAUGAUUCAAUAAACCAAGCCACUGACCUUUUUAAAUCCCUAAUGACUACUGUGAUUACCACGGUCUCCUCCACGAGUACUGGCCACCCGUUUAAUCAUCAAUACCAUUAUCAGCCUCCCCAGCCUUCAGUACCAAAACCCUUGAUGCCUCCUUCACAGCAUGGAAGACAGCGUGCGGUGCUUUGUGGAGUAAGUUACCGUGGGCGGAGUUACAAGCUCAAAGGAACUGUGAAUGAUGUUCAGUGCAUGAGAUACUUUCUUGUUGACAGAUUAGGCUUUCCAAAUGAUUCCAUACUCAUGCUCACAGAAUAUGAGACAGACCCUUUUAAGAUCCCAACAAAACAAAACAUACGAUUGGCGUUACAGUGGUUGGUGCAGGGCUGCCAAUCAGGAGACUCGUUGGUGUUCCACUUCUCUGGCCAUGGAUCAAGGCAGCGCGACUAUAAGAUGGAUGAGAUUGAUGGCUACGAUGAAACACUGUGCCCUGUUGACUAUGAGACCCAGGGGAUGCUCCUUGAUGAUGAAAUAAAUGCCACAAUUGUUAGGCCACUGCCCCAUGGCGCCAAACUUCAUGCCAUUAUCGAUGCCUGCCAUAGUGGAACUGUUCUUGAUCUACCAUUUGUGUGCAGGAUCAACAGGGAAGGAUACUAUAAAUGGGAAGAUCAUCGAUGCUCACCUAUUUAUAAAGGCACAAAUGGUGGACUAGCUGUAUCUAUUAGUGCUUGUGAUGAUCACCAAACCUCUUCAGACACUACGGCUUUAUCGGGAUACAUUUCAACCGGCGCCUUGACUUAUAGCUUUAUCCAAGCAAUGGAAAAUGAUCCCGGAUUGACGUACGGCUAUCUGCUGAAUGUUAUGCGCCAAAUAAUUCGUGAAGCAAGAACUGGCAUACGCCUAAAAGGGCCAAUCGCAGCUCUUGUAAAUAAAGUACUUCGGACCGGAUUAUCACAAGAGCCUCAGCUGUCAUCAUCUGAACAAUUUGACAUUUAUUCAAAACAAUUGGUGUUGUAACAUGGAAAUUAAGUUUAUACCACUAAUAAUCCACCCCAGCUGGAUUGGUGUCUUCUCAAAUUGAGUCCUAAUUAAGUUACUUUUAUACAUGAGCUUUUCCUCAACUCUCAUGUUUUUUUACUUUGUUAAAAAACAACAAAUAUUACAUAAGAUGAAUUAGUUUCGCGUUUUU